GAACAGCAGCAGGAACAGCAGCAGGAACAGCAGCAGGAGCAGCGGCAGGAACGACAGCAACAACAGCAACCGGAAGUGACUGGUGGCUGUGACAGCAAUGUCGUUCUGGUGUAUAACAAGAACAGCGUUAGCGGACUACAGGAUGACGGGCUGGGAUUUUCAGCCACUGUCAAAGAGCCUGCAGUUGAAAACGCUCACGAUGAGAGUGCAAAACACAAUACCAACUGCAGGCUUACCUCUGAUAAAUCUCCCCUAAUACCAUUCGAUGUUUUAGAACCUUUCGACUUUGGUGGCAUCUCUUUUGCUCUUGAUACGUCAUUAACUAACGAAUCUGGAGCCGUUCAUUUACAAACAGUUGACAGCGAUCUAAACUGUCCCUCUGCACGAAGCCUGCCCCAUGUUACGAUGCACAACCCGCCAGUGACAGAUAGCAAUAUAGCUCCAUCCCAAGAUUCAAACAUGUUGCCUUCAUCACCGAUGUUUGACUCUUUCUCUUCUUCGCCGGAGCUGCUCUACGAUUUGUCCCCGCGGCCACAUGUCACACUAAACAUGAUGGAGUUCCAAGAAACGCUUCAAAUACCUACCACAUCAGCCACCACUGGUCAAGUUGUAGGCGAAGAUUAUCAAGAUUUCAGCAGGUUAGCACCUGAACUUGGCUUUGAGAAUUUGUCAUUAUUAAAUUCGCCGUCACCAUCGACUUCGUCGUCGUCGUCGUCGUCGUCGUCGUCGUCGUCGUCGAUUGAUGAAAAAAGCACUGCAAAAGAGACAGAGGAUCAGCUGGUGGAGGCUAUUAAAGCAGCGUACACGAUGUGCCAUCCAAAAUCGGCGACUCAGCACUUUGCAAUAGUAAAGCGGUUUCAGAUACUGAAUGCUGCGAGGUGUGAAGAAGUCACCCGUCCCAUCUGUGGCUCUACAAGCCAUCAAUUGGAUACGAUCAUCCAUGACCUGAUAUUGUCUCAUAAUCGGACCCUUCCAGACUGCACCUACUUGCCAACGCGCUUCAUGCAUAACAUGCAGAGUUCUUAUUUGGAAGGCUUUCGUCUGAAGCAGAGUGUAUUCGGUGAUGCUCACUACUUUGUUCCUGAAGAACAGAUUUUUGAAAUCUACAAGAAAACCGGCUUGGAUAUAGAUGGGCGGAUUCACAGGGCUAAGUCAUGCAUUGUUUACUUUGAGCAGUCGGUUCGUAGCAUUAUCAAGUUCGCCAAGACUGUACCGGGCUUUAGGGAUCUCUGUCUGGACGACCAGGCGAUGAUGUUGAAACAACCAGAGAUGAAUAUCCAGAACCCCAAGGCAGUGGAAAGUAUUCAGAACCUUCUGUUCUCAUGCCUGCAGCGGUCGUUGAAGAUAAGCCAACCUGAUACAGAGCCUCUGGCCUUGGUUGCUCAAGCUGUGACCAAUCUCAAUCUGGUCAGGUCCGUCAGUGAACUGGAGCCUUUACACCAAAAUAAGUUCAUUUGGAAGGAGAUUCUAUUUCAAAACCCUCUGAUUAAAGAAGUGGUUUGGAAGGGAAGGAGGAAGUGAAGAUAGCUGAAGAGAGUUUAUAAAAAAGAAAAUUCUAAUCUUGAAAAGUAGAAACAUUUUGAAGAAAAUCACAAACAAGGGUUUUCAAAGGAUGUGCCUAGUCAACUUUUCUGGUGGAGACUUAAUUAUUUGUCUGAGUACAUAGUGACUUUUUAUGUAUUUUCGUAGAAAACAUUAUAAUAUUCAAUUAAGCGUCUGCAUUCAGUAUGUAUUCAGUUACUGUGUUAUGCAUCUGAACUGCUUCCCUGUUCAAGCACAUAUUCAGAAUAAGGUUGCUGCACAUUGUUUAAAGUGUGUCAACAAAUUAACGUCAUCAUAAAUUUGCGACAUGGUCGUCGAAUACAUACUAUGUCAACCUUUAAAAUCGACGAAAUUAGACAUUUAAAACCAGUCCAAAAUAAAGCUGGCCAUCCUGGCCUGAACGUGGCCUGCGCUGGCCUCGCACAAACCAACAUUUGGGGGAAUCCGAGGCCUCAAGGCGGUUUCCCAAAUAUCUGUUGCUGACAGAUAUUUUGGCACAGGCCUGAGGCCGGAGUACUUGGAGAUUAAAAAGAAGAGUAAAAUUGAUUUUAAAAAUGAAUUCUUCAUCACCAUCAAAUUCUACUCCAGUUCGAUGCCAAACACAAGUGUCUCUUCCUUUUCUUCUUUAAAACAAUGGAAACGGCUAAACUUGCCACAGCAACAUCCAUAUCACAGUGAGAGAGAGAGAGAGAGAGAGAGAGAGAGAGAGAGAGAGAGA